AUGGGAAACAGCUCAGGACUGAGGAGCCCAGCAGGGCGGAGACGAAUGCCAUUUUUCUUCUUGCUGUUUUUGUUCUGCCCCGCGCUCUUGGAGCAGAUCCACUAUGCUAUUCCCGAGGAGCUGGCCAGCGGCUCGCUGGUGGGGAACCUCGCCAAGGAUCUGGGGCUUGGUGUGCGGGAUUUGCCUAUUCGGAACCUGCGGGUUAGUGCAGAGAAGAAUUUCUUUACUGUGAGCACCGAGAAUGGAAACUUACUCGUAAGCAACCGUAUAGACCGAGAGCAGAUUUGUGGCAAGAAGUCAAUGUAUGUUCUGGAAUUCGAAAUGGUUGCUGAAAAGCCUUUAAACUUUUUCCAUAUAACUGUGCUGAUCCAGGAUGUCAACGACAACCCACCAACCUUUAGCCGAAAUAUCACUGAGCUGGAAAUCAGCGAAAUGGCACUAACUGGAGCCACCUUUGCCCUCGAAUCCGCGCAAGAUUCUGAUGUAGGUGUCAAUUCGCUGCAGCAGUACUACCUUAGCCCUGACCCGCACUUCUCUUUGAUUCAGAAGGAGAACCCAGAUGGCAGUAGGUACCCAGAGCUGGUACUGAACGCGUCCCUGGACAGGGAAGAGCAGUCCUGUCACCACCUGGUCCUCACAGCUGUGGACGGGGGCGAGCCGUCCAGAAGCUGUACUACCCAGAUCAGGAUAAUUGUCGCAGAUGCAAAUGAUAACACACCAAAGUUCACCCAGGACAUGUACAGGGUCAGUGUUAGAGAGAAUUUGCCUGCCGGCUCCUUGGUCCUAAGAGUUAUGGCCACUGAUCCGGAUGAGGGGAUCAAUGCCAAGAUCACCUAUGCCUUCAUCAAUAUUGGUAAGUCAGUGAAAGAACUGUUCAAGCUGGACAGUAAAACAGGGGAACUCACCACUGGUGAAGGACUGGACUUUGAAGAGAGACAGAGCUACACAAUUGGGGUGGAAGCAAAGGACGGUGGACAUCACACUACAUAUUGUAAAAUACAAAUAGAUAUUUUGGAUGAAAACGACAAUGUCCCAGAGAUAACCCUGGCUUCUGAAUCCCAGCAUAUACAAGAAGAUGCUGAGCUUGGGACUGUUGCUGCCCUGAUCAAAACACAUGAUCAAGACUCUGGACUUAAUGGGGAAAUCACGUGCCAACUAAAAGGAAAUUUCCCAUUUAAAAUAGUUCAAGAUACGAAAAACACAUACAAGUUGGUGACAGAUGGAUCCCUGGACCGAGAGCAGAUCUCAGAGUACAAUGUCACCAUUUCAGCCAGCGACAAAGGCAAUCCACCCCUCUCCUAAAAAAGCAUCACCCUGCACAUUGUCGACGUCAAUGACAACGCUCCAGUAUUCCACCAGGCGUCCUACUUGGUUCAGGUGGCCGAGAACAACCCGCCUGGAGUCUCCAUCGCCCAGAUUAGCGCCUCCGACCCAGACCUGGGUCCCAACGGCCACGUCUCCUACUCGAUAAUAGCCAGUGACCUAGAGCCGCGGGUGCUGUCGUCCUACGUGUCCGUGAGCGCACAGAGCGGGGUGGUGUUCGCGCAGCGUGCCUUCGACCACGAGCAGCUGCACGCCUUCGAGCUGACGCUGCAGGCCCGCGACCAGGGCUCGCCCGCGCUCAGCGCCAACGUGAGCCUGCGCGUGCUGGUGGGCGACCGCAACGACAACGGGCCGCGGGUGCUGUACCCGGCGCUGGGGCCCGACGGCUCGGCGCUCUUCGACACGGUGCCGCGCGCGGCGGAGCCCGGCUACCUGGUCACCAAGGUGGUGGCAGUGGACGCAGACUCGGGACACAACGCCUGGCUGUCCUACCACGUGCUGCAGGCCAGCGAGCCCGGGCUCUUCAGCCUGGGACUGCGCACUGGCGAGGUGCGUACGGUGCGUGCCUUGGGGGACAGGGACGCAGCCCGACAUCGCCUGCUGGUCGCUGUGCGCGACGGUGGGCAGCCACCUCUCUCAGCCACCGCAACGCUGCUCCUGGUCUUCGCGGACAGCCUACAAGAGGCGCUGCCGGAUCUUACCCAUGGUCCUACACCCUCUGACCCUCAGGCCGAGCUACAGUUUUACCUGGUGGUGGCCUUGGCCUUGAUCUCCGUGCUCUUCCUCCUCACGGUGAUUCUGGCCACCGCCCUGCACCUGAGACACUCCUCCAGCCCCGCCGCCUGGGGCUGCUUUCAGCCUGGGCUCUGCUCUACGACUGUACCUGGGGUUCUACACAACUACAGUGAAGGGACUUUGCCUUAUUCCUACAAUUUAUGUGCUGCCUCACAUUCCUCGAAGACCGAGUUUAAAUUCCUCAAUAUAAAGCCUGAAAACACUCCACCACAAGGUAUUUUAUGUGAAGAAGUGUCUUGGUUUGAAAGUACCAGUAAUGACACCCCCAACAUGAUUUCUAAUUCAGUCAAUUUGCAAGAGGUGAGUUUCUUCAAGCCUUUCCUCCCAUAA